AUGACUUUUCUUUCUUUCUUUCUUUCUUUCUUUCUUUCUUUCUUUCUUUCUUUCUUUCUUUCUUUCUUUCUUUCUUUCUUUUUAAAGUUUUCUCUUUAUAUAACAUUUCCUUUUCUUUCUUUCUUUCUUUCUUUCUUUCUUUCUUUCUUUCUUUCUUUCUUUCAGGAAGGCCUUGCUUUUAAUGGUCGACGUAGACAAGCAGAUUGGAAAGAGUCUAGACCCGAUAUUACCGAGGAUGUCUCUCGAUUCUCAUCGAAUGCGACAACAGUGGGCUCGCAUUGCUUCGUCCCUUUAAGCGGUAAAAAGCUAAUCGUUCAAUCUUUUUUUUUCUUUUCUUUCCUUCAUUUUUUUCAUGUGUUUGCUUGGCCUAUUCUUUUUUACUUAUUUAUAUGUUGUUUUCAUUCCUUUUUUUUUACUCUCAUCAGUGAUAUGUUUCUUUUCUUUUUUCUUAUUUUGUUUUGUCAUCUGUGA